AUGUCGUCGGUCUCGGGCACCGCACCCGUGCUGCCACAAAGCACAAUGAGCGUGCGGGAGACCGGCGAGGGGCGCGCCGCGCGCCGCCUGCAGAGCCGCCAGAGGCAUUUCCGCGCGUGCUUUUGUCGACGGGUCGGCGGCGUGGUCGAGGGGAAGGUCGCCGGCGGCCGCAACUCUGCCGCCGUCGCUCCGCCGGCUCUGACCGAGUAUCGGGCGUUGAGGGCGGCGGCGCAAAGCGGGUCUGGCGCAUCCAUCGCCACGAGCCUCGCGGCCGCGGUCGUGGCACACCUGGUGGCGGCUCUCGAGGCCGUCUCUACGGCGCUCGACACCGUGUGA